AACCAGCCACAGGGCAGCAGGAGGCUCAGGUUGGUGCCGAGCCUGGAAGAGGAUCCAAGGAGCUGUGAACUCAGAGAUGGAGCGGCCCCAAUGUCUCCUGCUCCUGCUCUCCCUGCUGUCCUACCCCUCGACCCAUGCUGGUGCUUUGCGGAGUCAGAUUGUCGGGGGGCAUGAAGCCAAGCCCCACUCCAGACCCUACAUGGCAGCCCUGAAGUUUUCCAAUGGUUUCCUGUGUGGGGGGUUUCUGGUGGCCCCGAACUGGGUGAUGACCGCCGCUCACUGCAUGGGGGACAUCAGUGUCAUCCUGGGAGCUCACAAUUACCACAUCCCGGAGGCCUCCCAGCAGAUGUUUGCAGUUGAAAGCUACCAUCCGCACCCAGAAUACCAAGACAAUUAUGUGCCAUACAAUGACAUCCUUCUCCUAAAGCUGAGCCACAAAGCCCAACUGAAUAAAUAUGUCCAGGUGAUCCCCCUGCCCAAAAGCAGCAGCGACAUCCCCGCGGACACCAAGUGCAUCGUGUCGGGAUGGGGCCUCAUUGACCAAGAGGUAGCAACUUACAAGCUCUUUGAGACCAACGCAACCGCCCUGAGCCGAAGGAAAUGUCUCCUGUUCUACCCAGAGCUCAGCGACGGCAUGGUCUGUGCAGCCAGCUACCACAAGCUCAGUGACGUCAAUCACGGGGACUCCGGUGGCCCUUUGGUCUGCAACGGGGUGGCCCAGGGGAUCGUCUCCUACGGUUUCCAGUUCCCUCCCUCGGUGUACACUCGCAUCGCUCACUACCUGCCCUGGAUUCGAAAGACUAUGGGGCACUGACCGGAGAGGAAGAUGCAACAGCUUCUCCAGCAUCUGCAUGCUGCAUAGUCACUGGCUUUUCUCUCCCCCAGGCUGUUACCUGGAACUGUAGGGUCCACCCAACUCCUCCUUUUGGGCUGCCCGUUUCCUCAGCUUUCCUCAGCCAAGCAGCCCCCUCCUAGUUCAGAAUACACGUGAAUCCCACAAUGCUGGGGAGUGUUCCAAAGCACAUGGAUUGUGACGGGGUUCAGGCAAUCUGAAGGCUUUUGGGGAGAAAUGCUGACUCAUCAAAACCUAAACUGUUUGUAGCUAAGGGCUGGCUUUGAGGACUGUCCCAACAGAAGAUAUUAGGAUUUUUUUUCUAGAUUGCAAAAACUGGCUAUUUUGAUAUUUUCUAGGUGGAUCAUUUCGGGUUUGGGGAUGACGCCACUUUUCAUUUUGAAAUUUUAAUCAACUGAAAUGAAAGGAAAGGUAUCAUUUUUUUAAAAAAAAAGAGUUGAAAUCAAAUUUGAAAUGUUUUGAAAUUAACCAAAUUCUUUCAGCUGACCAGAUCUGAUUUUUUUUAAUUGCAGAUGAUCAGUUUGCAAAAAUUCACAAGAUUCCCACUUCUCACCCCAGUUUGAGAUGGACCCUCCCCCCCACCACUGCCCCAUUCCUUCUAUGCCCCUGCAGCGCUUGAGUGUAACAAGCAAGACAAUAAAUGAGCUCCUGCAUUUCAUAAA